CGAUAUCGCCGCGGUCGCCAUGCCGGCGGAGCAGCCCCGGUGGCGGGCAGAUUUCUGGAGGUUGAGGAACAGCAAAGGGGAGACGUGUCUGCACGAAGCGAUUCGCCACGGACACACGGAAUUCGUGCUGCAGUUGAUUAUCAGGGAUGACAUGUUAUUGCAACAGGAUGGGAUGCGGCGACUCCUUGCACUGACGCAGAUAGAGGACGACGAGGGCUUGUCGCCGCUCUACUUGGCCACCAGCUUGAAGAAUCUCAACAUCAUUGACAUCCUCAUAGACCCACUGCGUCUACGCACUGCGUCGUAUGCUGGACCUCAAGGAAGAACUGCAAUGCACGCUGCCGUGGUUACCAAUUGCAUAGGUAUUUGCCAGGCACUAGCCGGCUGGAACAACGGAGACCUUAUAAGCAGAGCAGAUGAAUCUGGGAGCACACCGUUACACUACCUGGCGUCCUCGACCAGCACAGAUGACAUUGGGCAACUUCUCUUAAGUGCUGCUAAACUUCCAGAUAAACAGGGCUCGCUGCCCAUUCACGUCGCAGCCGGGCAGGGGAGGCUUGAUAUCAUUGACCGGUUGCUCGAUAAAUAUCCACACUCCUUAUGGUCACGCAAUGCCUCUGGCCAGACCAUCCUUCACGUCGCCGUUCAGGCGGAGAGUUACAAUGUAGUGAAGUAUGUCUGCAGUCAGAGUCAGCACGACAGAAUGUUCAGGGCCAUUCUAAAUGCAAGGGAUCAAGACGGAAACACGGCUCUACACCUGGCAGUGCUUACUGGACAUCAGUGGAUAUUCUGCCAGUUAUUAUCUAGGAGCCAUGUUGAUCUGAACAUCGCCAACAGGGACGGCCAUACCCCUCUCGAUCUUGUUUUCUUGAGCGGAGAAGUUCACGAUGAUAUCAUGGCAUUGGUGGGGCAUUCCGUUCCAACUCUUGCUAUCUCUAGGGGACAACGUACAAUCAGAUAUAUACAGAGUCGGUACGACUGGAUGGCUUACGAUUUGGUAGUCGCUGGUGCGUCUCGCAGUGCCCGGCGGCUGGAUCACUUCGCCGCUCAGUUGCCGCCGAGACAUGACGUGGACAUGGAGCUGGACAAGGUCGGCAAGUCCGCCAGCGUGCUGGCUGUCUGCGCAGUGCUCAUUCUGAACGCGGCGAUCGCGCUGCCAUUCAACGUGGCUGCCCGAUACCACGAGCAGCCUCCCACACGGACCAGGACCCUGGUCUUCAAAGGAUUCCUCGCCUCCGAUGCCAUGGCGUUCCUCUGCUCGACCGUGGCUACGAUUUGCUGCACGUACGCCGGGUUUUCUCCGGUGGGGAAUAUGCGCGCCCGUUACCUUUACGUUGGGGCGGGCUGCCUCAUGUAUGCAUCCCUGGCCAUUGUUGGUGCCUUCUCCUUGGGGAUGUACGCCGCAUUCACUACGGGUCUCUACAUCUUCCCCACCGUUUCCUACUUCCUGUUUGGUUUGGGGAUUCUCGGCAGCAUAGUACUGCAAUUACGGCGGAGCUGUCUCCAUAACCGUGCGUUGCGAGCCAGGCUUCGCACCAGAGCCUUUCUCCGCAGUGUACUUGGGCACAACCGGAGAAUGGUGUCCCUUUUUCUGCUUCAGAACUCCUUCAUCAAAACCAUGUAUGUUGGUUUGUUACUAUACUGUAUCUUGCUCGCAAUCACCAUAUUUCAGCACAGGUUUUAACAUAUAUAUGCCAUUGCAAAUGUGAUAUAGACC